AUGGACGUGGAUAUCUCGAUACAUCGACCCACCGGAUCUUUCCGCCUCAACUUCCUCAACAACGACAUCGCCAACGCGUACACCAACCUCACGAAUGUGGUUGUGAGAGUUGCACCAAAAUCUGCACAGAGCGAUGCAAGGUCGGUCCUUCUGAACGCACACUUUGACACGACCCUGGGCAGCCCCGGUGGCGCGGAUUGCGCAUCAUGUGUGGGCAUUCUCCUCGAAAUUCUCAGAGUGAUGACGCUGCCUGGGUCGCCGCCCCCUUUGGCUCCUAUUCUGUUCCUGUUCAAUGGUGGCGAGGAGACGUUCAUGCAGGCGGCUCAUGGAUUUGUGGCGCAUCACCCGUGGGCGAAGACCGUGGGUGCGGUCAUCAACGUGGAAGCGACGGGGACAAGCGGACCGGAUGUACUCUUCAGGGAGACCGGAGGAUGGCCCGCGGAGGUUUACAUGCGAACGGCGCCGAGGCCGACUGCGACGGCUUCGAUCCGAGAUUUGAUCAGGUUCGCAAAUCUACCGGUGGACACCGACUUCAGCGUGUUCAGGGAUCCGACGCUGCCGAACGGUAACCUGCCCGGCGUAGACAUCGCGUCGAUGUUGGACGGAUACUCUUACCACACGGACAGAGACUUUGCGAACAGGAUCCGAAGGGGGACGAUUCAAGCGUACGGCGAAAACGUU